AUGGCUCUGUUCAUCCCAACAGCUUUAGGAUCACUUCAUAGCCACCCAUUUAAACGACGUAGUUGUGCCUCUGAAGACAUCGUCUCCUCGAUUUCUUCGGGAGACCACUGCGUAGAGCAGUCCGUAGUCGACGCUUACUUUUCCGCCGUACUGAAUUCAUCUACAUAUACUUUUCUCAAGUUCGUUGGCAUCACAAACGCAAGCAUCUGUGUCUGCGAUAGCACCGACAAGUGCACCCCACCUUCCCCCACCUUUGAUUCCACUGCAGUGGGUGCAGAGAGCGUGCCAGGCUCUGGAGAAGCUGAGGGCUCUCCUGAAGCAUCAGGAAAUUUGAGAAGCUGCAUCACGUGCAAGGAGAUAACUUCAGAUGAUGUCGUCAUAGAUCCUGGUGACACUGAACUUGUCUCGUGUGCGGACAACCCUGGUCAGAUGAUAUGCCCCGAAGGUAUCUCAACGUGUAUGACGGGCGUGGUCAACAUCGCCUAUAUGCUUGGGUCGGGGCAAACCGUUACGUUGACGGACAAGCGACGUGCUUGUGCCCCCCAAAACGUUGUCGCCUCCACUUCUCCAGGAGACCACUGUGUAGAACGAUCCGUGGUUGGCGCCUACUUUUCCGACAAUGAUCCGGCUGAGUUGUUCCCAGAUACAGAGGAAAUGAUCUUCGAUCGCCUCUUAAACGCAACCUUCUGCGUCUGUGACAGCGCAGACAAGUGCACCCCUCCUUCUCAAGCGAAUGGUGCAAAUGCCUGGGCUAAUACUGGAGGGGAUAAUAGUCGCACAAAGCCCACGAAUAGCGCAGUGAACCUCGAAUCUACUCUCGGUCUCUUCAUUGCCUCGCUUAUUUAUGCCUUAUUCUGUGGGUUAAAGGAUAUGCGAUAGAGGGCGUCUCUUUGUUGUCCCAAAUUGCUAGUUUAAAGGGAUAGUUACGACACUGGAAGUAAAUUUUGUAUGGAUCCGUCAUUUCAUGGA